AUGGCAGACGAUUAUUUCGCAGUGCGCAAAAUCGAAGAUCUUCCUAGACAAUGCCCCAGGGGGAUAUACGACGUAUUCGACAGGACUUGCGCAAACAUGAGAGAUCUCAACUAUCACACUUGGGGCUUCGUCGUAUAUCGUUGCACCUAUGAUGAUGAAGAACUCUGGGCCCGCUACCUCAAGCAGCUCAAGGACUUUGCCCAUGAAUAUCUCGUCGAGAAUCGUCGAGCGGAGCUGUUGGGACAGUACCUCGAUUUUCAUGUCAUCGAAGAUCGCGCCACCCUUGAGAAUGCUUCGAGACAGGAUUUGAGGCGACAUUUCAACCAAUGGGUUUCGAAUCAGAACCUCCCCGCCGGCGACGGCUUCUUCUGGAGCAAAACCGUGGCGGAGCUACCCCGUUUUCGCUUCUUUUUGUACGUCGACAAGCAAUGUCUCGAUACCGUCGUCCAGUUCCAAAACGCAGACCAUGGCCAUCCUUACUUCCGAUCGUUACUUCCCCCGAUGGUUAUCGCUGUCGUCGACGGUUCCUGGACGCCAGACACCGUCCAGAGCUACCACCGUUCGAAUGAAGACGGAUACCCCGAGAUCGAUGGCAGUACGAAGAGAUACGUCGGCUACGAGUAUUAUAUGGCGCUAUUCGCCGCCGGGUUGUACGAGAGCCUUCAUGGAGUUGGGCUUGUUGACUACGAGUCGUACAACCGCCCGCCGGCGAUAGCGCCCACGGGAAAAGAUACAAUGCCUCCAUGA